CAUCGCAGAGUCAAGAGUUGUCCUUGGCGGGUGGUGAGAUCUAUACCUCUACCCUCCUUAGAGAUGGCUCCUAGAUCUUUCGCAGUCUUUGAUGAGGAGAAAUCCGCGAGAUCUGUGAUACCUCUGCUGGGACACAUCGUUGCAAAUCCCCGUCGGCCUCUGGAUAGCUACUUUCCGCGUCGAAUCCAGCCAGCGGCAGUACAUCAACCAGUUGCAAAGCCUACAGAGACUUCACAAGCGACGUCCGAGGAACUGAACACUUCCGGACUGAAAGAUGGACUGAAAGACUCAACGAAAAGCAAACCAAAAUCCGAAGAGAAAAAAGCUGCAUUCGAUUCGAAAUCAAGCAGCGACCUUGUUUUCCUCGACGAGUUCGAAGUGGAUCAAGUUAUCAAGAGCGAUAAAAUUCGCGCUGAGAAUGUUCGUAGAGCUGGUGCUAAAGUUUCUCUCCAGAAACUCUUCGGGAUGGAAGUAGAUGGCGAAGGCUCAGAGUCUGUACUCUUUGAAAGCAACAAAACCCGCACCUUGGCUCUUGAGCAAUUUGAAAACGUCUUUGAGAGCUUCCGAGGACGCUUUGCGACUGAACUCGAUGAAUACCUGGAUAAGAGAGCCGGGGGGAAAGCUUACUUGAUGAUUACACUGAAAACUGGUGGGAAACUCAAGAUCACGCGCAACAACAAAGGGUACAUCUUGGGAUCAACGCACGGCAAAAUCCCCGUGGGAGCUGCUACAGGUGCUGGCGACACACCAGUCGAUCCAGAAGCCUCUAUACACAUCAAGUUGUCCAGAAGUAGCGCUCUCAACAGCACUGGGGUGAAUGAAGUUGCCUUUGCCGCAGAAUAUUGCGAGAUAGUACGUGUAUCGAAGCUGGAUUUCAAACUCCGAGGAGGCGUAAGCAAGAAACGUAAUACCACUCUCAAAAACGUCGUCAACUUCAGUGGUAGCGGGUUGGCUUUCGGGCAUGAAGAUGAAGACGAAGAUGACGAUGAAGACGAAGAGGCGGUAGAAGACAUAUAUGUUUAAUCGCUUGCUGUUUGGUCCACCUUCGAUAGAGGUAGAUGUACGAGUUUUUCUAUUUUCAAUGAAGCAGAUGUUGCUGCUAGUUUCGUUCGCACUUUUCUGCCUUUUCGCUGCCUGGUACUUCCAGCUGUACGCCAUGAAACGACUAUAGCUGUUGUCGAGUCGAACUUGAACAUUCUUCAAGUGCAAAACUUCUCAAGCUCACAAUCAUUUCAAAAUCAGACUAGCCCCAAUAGAUAAUGCCUUGAUCGGAAGGCCGAACAUAGCGUAGAAGACACGACCUGAGUAAGAACAGAAAAGAGGGGAUAUAACAUGAGGUAGUUACCAGGAACUCCGUUGAUGUACGCCUGUGCCUUUGCCUUUGAGCUGAGUGAAAGAGGAUUUGGGUCAAAAAGGACUUGACAUCCAGACGUACAUGACUGCGUUUCAGGCUAUGGGAAGACUUCCCACUUGAGAAAGCUGCAUAGAAUGAAUGACUAC